CCGGUUGAACUAACCACAACAAUGACUCCCAAUCGGAAAUUCACUGAUAGAAGCUGAAAGCGUCGUGUUUGUGCGUUUAUUUGCACAUCUCAGAGAUUCAUCGAUGGUCUUUUUCUUCUUCUUUUUUUGUCUCCUUCAGAUCAGAAAAGACAAGAGUGAAAAAGUGAGAGAGCGCAGGUAUGGCACAACAAGCCGCAGCAUGACUAAUAAAGAACUCCUUCAGACUGAGGAAAGGUGAGCAUCUGCCUGGGAACAGAGGGCGAGAGACCCGUCCACGCGGCUAAGGGUGCCGGUCUCAUAGAAGUAUCUUGGUCUUAAAAGUUAAAGACGUAACUAAAAACAUUUUUUUUAAUAGUUUUUCGGGUUUUUUUGUGCACAAAUGUGCCCCCAGCGGACGGUGCCACUGGCGCUGUGGCGCACAGGACUGCUGCUCGGCUUCCUCACUUUGUGCGCCUCUCUGGAAGAGGGAUGUGUUCUUGGUGUAGUCGGGCGGCCGGUGUCGCUGUCCUGCUUCUACCCUGAGUCGGGCUUACUUCCCUUCGGGAAUUUCUCCAUUGAGUGGAAGAGAGACGAAGAAGUGGUGCUCAGAUCAGUGUGGGAAGAGGGUAGAAGUGUGGACACAUGGAGCAUCAAUAAUGCCUCGCUCUCCGUUAAAGGAGGUCUGCCCGGAAACUUCUCCUUGGAGCUGCCAGCUGUUGAUCCCAGAGAGGACCCGGUGUUUUACAAUCUAUCCAUUUCAGAGGGGAACCAUAGUGUCCAGGUGUGCUCUGUUUGCGUCAGGAUAGCAGCCAGUUUCAGCCACCCACAGGUGCAGAAGGAAGCAGCAGUGCAGGGCAACGAGAAGGUCUUCCUGUGUCAGGCCAGUGGAGGUUACCCUCUGCCUGAAGUUUACUGGCUCAUCAACGAGAGCGACCAGCCCCCCGAAGGCUCUGUGAGGACCGUGACCUCAUCCCUCCCAAACUCCGUCCUCUACAACAUCACAAGCCACCUGACCGUCAACAUUUCCAAAGACUCCACGGUAUUGUGCGUCAUAGAGAACCAGUCCCUGAAUGAAACCUUUACAUCAAAAAGCAUCAUCGUUCCCGGCGGCCCUCCGGUUAGACGAGCAUCGGAGGCCAUGUGGAUCUUCAGCACAGGUCUCUGCGUAGUGGUGGGGAUCAUGGUGAUUGCCGGAGUGGUGUAUCAGAUUAACCUGGACAGGAUAAGCAAGAGGAGGAAGAAGGAGCACCAACAACAAGAGAGAGGAUACAGAAGACGAUAUCAAUUCAUGGAGGAAACCGAGACGAUGACGACACAGGCUAAAGAGACAGAUGUGUAAAGUCCUGAUUACAGGUCACUUUUUUUUUUUUUUUUUUUUUAGCCAUGAGGCACCAGAGCACUGAUAUGUAAAUAUGUUCUCAUUGUAUUUGUGACCACGUCUUGAGGAUUUAGUAAGUGAAACGUUUUGACAUGUGUGGACAUACAGUAUGUCUAGUUGUGUUUCAUGUUUAGUCGAGUUGAUUAAAGAAUAAAGAUUCCUACAUUA